CUGAGCGGUGCAAAACUUAAAUUAUUUUCAUCUGGGUAAAGCAAAACACGAAAAUGCUCGCAGCAGUUCGUAUUCGCCUCUCAUGUCUCCACCUCCCCACACCACCGUCUCCUCCAAAGCCCUCCCUAUCUUUCCCCUUCUCCACCACCCCUCAAACCCGCUUACCCCACCACAUCUCCGCCACUCCAAAGCCCACUCUCCCCAAGCCCAGCCAACCCACUCUUUUCAUUCCACCUGGGCUUGACCCAGAUGAGGUCACUGACCAAAUGAUACUCCCUGGUUCUAACAUUGUGGUGGGCCCCUAUGCUGGUGACUCCAAGAUUAAACAAGUUGAGUUUGUGGGGAGUAGUGUCAGGCCUAAGGACUGUCCCAAAGAUGAGCGUCCUGAAUUUGCUAUGCUUGGUCGCUCUAAUGUUGGCAAGUCUUCUCUCAUUAAUACUCUUGUAAGAAAGAAAGAAGUAGCUCUCACUUCUAAGAAACCAGGGAAGACUCAGCUAAUUAAUCAUUUCUUGGUGAAUAAGAGUUGGUAUCUUGUGGAUUUGCCUGGUUACGGUUUUGCAAAUGCACCAGAGUCUGCUAGAAUGGACUGGUCUUCAUUCACCAAAGGUUACUUUUUGAAUAGAGAAACUUUGGUUGCAGUUCUACUACUAGUAGAUGCUAGUGUACCGCCACAGAAGAUUGACCUUGACUGUGCUAAUUGGCUUGGACGAAACAAUAUAGCAAUGACAUUGGUCUUUACGAAAUGUGACAAAAUGAAGGGUGGAAAAGGAAAAAGACCUGAUGAGAACAUCAAGAGUUUUCAGGAGCUGAUCAGUCGGAAUUACAAGAUACAUCCUCCUUGGAUCAUGACCAGUAGUUCCACUGGUUUGGGUAGGGAUGAUCUUCUUCUGCAUAUGUCUCAGCUCAGAAACUACUGGGAUAACUAAAAACCUUACCAUUGUCUCUUGCAAAUUCAGUUCCUUUAAACAGUGGCUGGAUGUAGACACUUUGCACCAUCAUAUAUCUUUGUGCAGCAGAUCCAGGCCUCCAGCUGCUUGCUUUGCCCUGAACUUCCCCCUCAGAUAUAGUUACGCCCCCAAAGGCUCCAAUAUUAACAGUGAAAAGUGCCCGUAUAUAUGAGAAGUAAAAGCUGGGAGUUCUUGGGCAUAAUAUGAACUAGUCCAUUUAAAGCAUAUAUUCGUUCAUAUUGUUGAAAUAUUUUCACUGCUGUGAUCAAUAUAAGAAGAUGAAGAAUGCUUAUUAUCAUUUUGUGGAAGCUUCUUUAACUUUUUUUACAGAUGAAGAAAAAAUGUAUAUAUACUAUGAAUAUAUGCUAGAAGUUCAUCUAGCAGUAGUAGUUGAAUUAAAAUUCCCUGCAAGUA